AGGUGGACAAAUAAACUUCAUCUUAACAGCACCGGAUAACGACCGGCUCCACGGCACUAACAAAAUUAGACAUCGUUACGUUUUUUAAAAAACGUUUCUCUUUGCUUUCUUGUAAUUUGGGAUUCGUGAUGAAUUACCCGAAUACGCAUGCGCACUACGUCUUGUAAGCGAUGGCGACAUUCCUGUUUUUUAUGUGAGGAACAGGGUUGGAUGGAAAGUUAUCUCGAUAAAACCGAGCGUUAGGACAGACAUUAUCGAUAUUGUGCAUCGUCACAGUCGCUCGCUAGCUACUUCGGUCGUUUUAAGGUGUUGUUAACGCGAGCCAGCGUUGUUCAUGAGAGGACAGCAUACUAUCUUGCUAACUGUUAGCUAGGGUAGCUUACGCUACUAUGUCACACUUUGCCUUCUCUUGUGUUUGUCUGGGUAGCUAGCAAAUUAUCAGCCUGAAGGUUCUGCAGAAAGUUGCUGGUCAUCCAAGCUUGCUGACGUUGAACAUUUCGGGGAAGAGCUGCAUAAGACUCAUCAGUGUGCAUCGGCUUUCUGAGCGAGACUGCUGCUGUGCCAACUGACUGGCAGUACCUCUUCAGUGGUGUGAAUGAGGGAGACAUGGCAGACCACACGACACCUCUGGAGUCUGGCCAGCUUCUCAGCCCUGAACUCCCAAUCCUGACCUCACCACCACCCCCAGCCAUGGUCAAUGGGGAGGGCCCCCAGCAGGUAAUCCUGGUGCAGGUAAACCCAGGUGAGGCCUUCACUAUUCGACGAGAGGAUGGUCAGUUUCAGUAUAUCACAGGUCCUGCUCAGGUUCCCAUGAUGUCUCCAAAUGGUUCAGUGCCUCCAAUCUAUGUGCCUCCUGGAUACAUUUCACAGAUCAUAGAAGAGAAUGGAGUGCGGCGGGUUCUGGUUUUACCUCAGCAACCAGAGUUCCACCCAGGGGGACACUCCCCUCUCCACCAUCCUCCUCCUCCACCCCAUGCCCACAUACCUGCCUUCAUCCCACACCCUGCCAUGAUGCCCCCUCCACAUCACCUGUACACAGGCAUGCCAGGGGGCGUGGGUGACAUGAGCUCCCAGUACAUCUCGCAGUACCAUCCAGCUCAUAUUUACUCGGAGCAGGUCUCUGCAGAUUCUCACUCCCAACAUGGACGUACGGCGUUGGUUCACAGAGAUGACAGAACUAGCAAAACGCAUGAACGUCUGCAGAAGAAACUUAAGGAGCGUCAAGGAGGUGGAGGAGGAGGGCAGGUGAAGGACAGCCCUCCCUCGUCGCCACAGAAGUCCUGCAGCAGUCCCCCUGCGGUGGACAUUCAUAACGGUAUUGGAGGGAAAGGGCCGGAGGCAGAGCAGGGGCAACUUAGGCAUACAGUGUCCUCUCCUGGCAAGCAGACAGGCAAGCGAAAAAUCAGAGAGUCAGCAGAGCUCGACAAGGAGGCUCAGGCCUUACAGGCGCUCUUGAGCACCAUCAAUAAACCAGCGGUGUCAGACAUCGAGGCCAGAGGAGCAACAGUGAGCUGGAGUGCACCCACCAAGCCAGAAAGUGAGAAUGACCGCAAGGAGGAUGACUCCAGCUUCCCGGAGCCUCUCUGCUACGAGGUCUCCAUCUCAAUUAGCGGUAAAGAUGGGAAGUACCAGAGCAUGUACUGCGGGGAAGAACUAAGUGCAACUUUAGAACACCUUCGGCCAGCAACAGACUACCACGUCAGGGUCCAGGCAAUGUGUAACUGUUUACAGGGAAGCCCAUCAGAAGCUGUGAGCUUCACCACUUUAAGCUGUGAGCCAGAUCCUCCCAAUCCUCCCAAGAAGAUCAGUGGGACCAAGAACUCACUUUUACUUCAGUGGAAGGCUCCAUGUGACAAUGGUUCCAAAAUUCAAAGCUACCAACUCCAGUGGGACGAGGGGAAGGGCACUGGUGCUUAUGAACAGUGCUACUAUGGAUCCCUGAAGCAGUACAAAGUGACCAAGCUUUCUCCAGCAUCGAGAUACUCUUUCCGCCUUGCAGCCAAAAAUGACAUGGGUGUAAGCGAGUUCAGUGAAGUGGUGGACCUGUUCACCUCAUGCAGUGUGCCAUUGCCACCCUUCCCUCCAGAGCUGGAGAUGGCGGGGGUGACCUGGCUGUGUCUGAAGUGGCAGAGGCCUGCUAGCUCUCCAAAGGAGGAUGACAUCUUCUAUAAUUUGGAGAUGGAGGAGGAAGGCUCGGGGUAUGGCUUCCAGACGAGCUACAAUGGUGAAGAGCUCUCCUGCACUGUUAGGAAUCUCCACAGGAGCACCAAGUACAAGUUCAGGGUGGCGGCAUACAACUCGGAGGGCAAGAGCAACCCAAGCCAGGUGGUCGAAUUCAUCACAAAACCAGACAUACCUGGAUGUCCCUGCAAGCCUGUCCUCAGAGGAAGAGUCCUGCCCAGCAGCUUCAAAAUGGCCUGGGACCCCCCUAAAGAUGAUGGUGGUGCAGAAAUCACAAAGUACGUCGUGGAGCUGUCUGAGGGCAUCAGUGGCUCAUCGUGGGGGCAGGUGUACUCAGGGCCAGCUCUGGAACAUGUGUGUGAGGGCUUGAAGCCCGGCUGCUCCUACCAGACGCGAGUUUACUGCAUGAGCGAGGGGGGGCAGAGCCCGCUGUCAGAGACCCUGCAGGUCCAGACUCCCGCAGUGCCCCCGGGGCAAUGCCAGCCCCCUCGGCUGGUGGGCAAGCCCAAAGCCAGGGAGGUGCAACUGCGCUGGGGUCCGCCUCAGGUAGACGGAGGAAGCCCAGUGACGUGCUACAGUGUAGAAUUGAGCGGGCCACAGUCUGAGGAAAGCAGGGAGGUUUACCAGGGUCCAGACCUGGACUGCUCUGUGGGAGGGUUAUUACCUGGUAAAACCUACAGCAUCCGGCUCAAGGCAGCAAACAAGGCUGGGUUCGGGCCUCUUUCGGAGCGCUUUGAGGUUACGACUGGCCCUGGGGCCCCCGAGCAGUGCAAGGCUCCCUCCACCACGUGCAAAUCCCCCAGCUGUGUUGUUGUGACCUGGGAGGCGCCUCCUUGCAAUGGAGCUCCGGUGACUGAGUUUCGUCUGGAGUGGGGAGCAGCUGAGGGCAGCAUGCAGAUUUGUUAUAGCGGACCGGGAGUCAGCCAUGAAAUGAAAGGCCUGCUGCCUGCAACCAACUACUUCUGCCGGGUGCAAGCUGUGAACGUGGCUGGCGUGGGUCCCUUCAGCGAGGCGGUGUUGUGCCUGACGCCCUGCAGCGUGCCUGCAGCUGUCAGCAACAUAUAUGUGCUGACACAGUCUGAGCUGCAAAGUUACGAUACUCCGGUGGAUGCAGAUGAUGAAGAUGAGGAGGAGAGUGAAUCCCAGCCAUCACCGGUCUACUCGCCUUCCACCUGCUUGGGUAUUUACUGGGAUCCGCCAUGUGAUCACGGCUCUGAGAUCACUUCCUACCUGAUUGACAUCGGAGAGCGACAGCCCAUCACUGUCGGUCCUGUCACCAAACACAUCAUCCAAAAUCUGCAGCCUGACACCAGCUACAGGAUCCGAAUCCAAGCCCUUAAUAGCCUGGGAGCAGCCCCCUUUAGUCACACCUUUAAGCUGAAGACAAAGCCCCUGCCCCCGCAGCCCCCCCGCCUGGAGUGCACCGCCUUCAGCCACCAGACCCUCAGGCUCAAGUGGGGCGACGGCCCAGCCAAAGCCACCUCAGAUGCCCUUCAGUAUCAGCUGCAGAUGGGGGACAAGAACGGCAGAUUUAUAUCCUUGUAUAAAGGACCAUGUCACACACACAAAGUCCAGAGGCUUAAUGAGUCUACCUCUUACACGUUCCGCAUCCAGGCCUUUAAUGAGGCGGGCGAAGGGCCCUUCUCCAAUGUUUACACAUUCACUACCCCACGUUCUCCUCCAGCUCCUCUGAAAGCCCCUAAAGUGGAGCGUCUGGAUGACAACUCCUGCGAAGUCACGUGGGAGGCCCUACCACCUAUGAAGGGGGACCCAGUAAUCUACAGCCUGCAGUGUAUGACAGGAAAUUCAGAUUUUAAACAGGCUUACAGAGGCUCUGCCACGUCCUUCAGCGUUCAGAACCUGCAGGCCAGCAGCGACUAUCGUUUCCGAGUAUGCGCCGUCAGGCAGUGCCAGGACGCCCCGGAGCUGAGCGGUCCCUACAGCCCUACGGUGACGCUCUCCUCCCAGCGGAAUGAUGCAGCGCUGGCCGCCAGCGUGGCCGGCUCGGCGUCCAGGACCGGCACGGAGUGCAGCCGAGCCAGACAGAGCCUGAGCGACGAGCAGUGCGCUUUCCUCCUCCUCAUGGUUUUCGCCGUCAUCGCCAUCCUCAUCGCUUUUGUCAUCCAGUACUUUGUCAUUAAAUGAGCAGUCUGCGCCCCUGCCCCCACCCCCCCAGCUUCAGGGUUAUAGCUUUACUCUCCCUCGCCCCUCUGUCUCUCUGUUGUUUUGUAUUCUUUGUUUUGUACUUCCUGUUCUCCGGUUUCAACAGAGUAAUUGCAUUAGCCGAACUGGGGUGCAGCAGGAGGGCGGGCGAGUGGGAGCUAAAUGGAAGUUAUAAAUUGAGGAUGUAACAUCUCAUUUGGCACUUGUGAUACCUUCCUGACUCUCCUGCCUUUGUCACCCCGCUCCAAGUUUGUGAUAUCUGUUGAGUGCAGAUCCCUAAUCCAUCGUGAUUAGCUUCCUGUGCAGAAAGAAACGGGAUAGGGUUUACUUUGGGGAGGGCCAGAGAGAAGCGGCACGUAUAUAACAUGUAUAGAAAUAGUCAUUAUUUAUAUUUCCAUUUACAUGUCCAGUAUGAAACUCUUUUUUGAUAGAUGUGUUCCAAAAAAUAGUAUGUAGGUGUGUAAACCUAUGUGCUGUUCGAUCCCCGGGACCUGGUGGGCCAGUGUUUGCACAGUGAGGUGUGUCCAGAUGUGUUUAUUGUAUGUAGUUUGUGCCACCGCGGUACACGGCUGGGAGGGCCUCAGGGCCACAUGAAGGGACUUAAACCCCACACACACACACACACACACACACACACACACACACACACACACACACACUCUGGAGUUUGUUCGAGAGGUUUAGUGAGAGGAGAAGCUGAAGAGAUGAUAACCUUGUUCACAUUAUAGAACGUUCAUUUAGCACUUUCCGACCUUUUUGAUGUUGAGAAUGUUUGAGGAUGCAAAAAUGACUGGAGAAAUGUUAGUAUAUUUUUGUACAGUGAAGACGCAAGGAUCUGUAAGUUUGAGGAGAAAAAAAAACUCAGUAUAAAGUUAGAAAACAAAAAACCAAACUAACAGCGAAUUCUAAUUAUUUUUACUAUCAUAUAGUUAUACUGUAGCUUGUUUUUACAAUCAUGCAGCUGCUUUACUCUGAAAUAUUGUUGUUCAGCACAAAAAAUGUAUGCUUUCCUGUAUGUUCUGUUUUAUUUCGUCCCCCGCCCCUCGGUAAUUGAUUUUUGCACCUUUAGUGAAAGAAAACUUUGACUGACUGCGUCUUGGUCUUGUGAUGCAUUUUAUAGAAUACACCUUGAGAUUGUGCAAGCCCUACAUGUGUUUUUGGGUGUUUUUAAAAGUUGUAGAGUCACGUGUCACUGAAACAGCUUAUCAGCAAAAAAUUAAAAAAGAAUAAAAAAUUACAAAAAAAAAAAAAAAAUGGAGGGGAAAUAGCACGAGUUGUUUCAGAGGCCUUAAUUAGAAAGGAAACAAAUUUCGGGUGAAUUUUUUUUCCUUAAUUUCUCUUCAGUUCUGAUGGUUUUCCUUUAGUGAUAGGAAACACUACAAAUGUGUUUUUAUUUUACUUUUUUGCUAAAUUCAUUUCGUGUUAGUAAACAUGCGUAAUCAUGAGUAAUUUCUGAGAAACGGAAAGUAGUUCCAUGUAUAAAAAUCUUUAUUUUGGUUUCUUUUGUCAAGUCAUACAUGUGUGAAGUAUAUUUUUUUAUGAUAUUGAAGUAAUAUAAGUUAAUACUCUCCAGAACAUAAAAGGAAAAAAUCCUGAGUAGUCACGAAUCAUCGAAAGCAGAAACAAAAUGUGUUUAUCAUGCACUUCCUGUGAAUCGAAAUUUGCCUUUUCUCUGUGUGUUAAGUAUUUGUAACAGAUUGCGAGGCUGAGUGUUCAGUCGUGAUCUGGCUGUAGAGUCUAGUGUUGUUUGGUUUGGGGGCCGAUAACUGCUGUCGCAACUGUAAAAACGAAACGCAGGUACCUUGCAAAACGUCCUGGAUAAUUACAUGAUUUGGUCCUUCAGACAUUCUGCAAAUGUCUCCUCUUGUCAUUUAAAAAAAAAAAAAAUUCAAAAUCCUAUUUUUGAUAGCGAUUGCAAAGUGUGCCAUUUUAACACCUCUUCACCCGGGGGCUUGCUACCUUUGGCUGGGGAGAGUAACAAAAUGAUACAAAAAUGAGUAAAAUAUGCACAAACAGACCAUUUUUAUGUAAUUUUAAUGUUUGCAGUUACCUCAUACACCGUACAUUCCAAAAUGAAAAUUUGUUAUACUAUACAUACUACCAGACAUAUCACUUUACAAUGUUCAUUAUGGGAAAAAAUGUAUAAUCAUAAAUAUGUAUCUAAAGUGUAUCUGUAUAGUCAUGAUAUCUAAAACGGAUCCGUGCACAAUAAAAAGUUUAUAAUUCUU